AUGCCCAACAAUACAACUAUGGGCCUUGGAGCGCAAGUUCGUCUACUCGAAGGUUCCGGAUUGACUCUGGUUCUUCUUCUCUCGCUACUGCUAAAUCUCUCAGUUUGUGGUAUCAUUUGGCGGACAAGACAGUUGAGAAACAAGCCAACGAACACGUUUGUAGCAAACUUGUGCAUCGCGAAUUUGUUGUUAACAGCUUGUGUAAUCCCGUUUAGCCUUGCUACUGUUAUUCAAGACCAGCAUGGAGGCUAUACUCACAUUCUUUGCCAGGUAACUAAGUACGUUAUUUAAUCAUCUUCUAUGACUGAGAAUUUUAGUCGCUUGUUACUUGCGUGUACUAUCUUGGCUGUAUCUUGGAUGUGUUAAGCAGUCCUUGAUUUGCUUAUGGCUUGUAAUGCGUGCAAAAUUCCUUUUUUUCCUUUCUCCGAGGCUUGCUCUGUUUUCCGUAAGUCUGUCCUUCGCUUAUUGUUCUAUAGUCAAAGCGAUAAACACAAGCAUCUAUGCUGAUUAUAUUGGCAGUUCCUGGGCACCUUAACCUUGACACUUCACUUCUCGGUGAUUUGAGGAAGAUGUAACCGCGACUUUGUCUUACUCAGCACACGUUUUUGUUGUUGUCGUUGAUGCUGGUUAUAGCUUCUUGAGCAGUUGUGAGUUGCUGUUGUUUAUGAACAGUUUGAGAUGCCCUUUUUGGGCGUGCGUCGCGGCGAUCAAAGUGAAAAAUGCCUCAUGCGAGUGUCAGUAUGCAAUGAAACAGUUUGGUAUUUGUAGCAACAGCCCCUAAACUAAACUUAAUUUUAGUUCUCAGGAUGAAAAGCAAAUAAUGACUUGGGAACCGAAAUAAUGCCUUCUUUUCGCUUUUCAUUGAUUCUAACUUCACGAUUCAAUACUAAAAAUUACAAGGACCUUGAUUAAGGUAAUGAAAGUUACAGGAAAUGUAUAGAAACAGCAAUUGCACUUGGAAAUCGGAAACAGUAUUUUGUUUUUCUAAGAGAUUCCACACACGCGCAUUGCGAGCUGGCCUGGUCCACUCCCAAGUGAGGCUAGACUACGAGUAGCCCCCAUUUUUCCUAGCCUGCGAACAGCAGGCGCAUUUCCGGUCGUCACUUCUCUCCCUCCGAAAAUAGCUAUUUUUCGGAGGGAGAGAGGCGACGACCGGAAAUACGUCUGCUGUUCGCAGGCUACAUUUUUCCAGGGAUAGUAGAGCGAGCGAAACAAGAGUGCUUGAAAAUCAUCCUUCGCGAGAAAGGCGUGGGACUACUCGUAGUCUAAAGUGAGGCUUAGGGGCGAAUAACAGGGAAAGCGUGUAGAAUGAGGCGAACCAAGCGGGGUCCUCGACUCGCUUCGUUUGUCGAAGUUUUAUAUUUGUGUGUUUUUUGGCGUUAUUCAGCCCAUCACGAAGCGGACGUGGAGCGCGAGGCACACGCGACUGACUAUAUUUUCCCUGCCUUCCCCCGUCGCGCGUGUUUCGCGCUCCACGUCCGCUUCGUACGCGAAGAAAUGUAUUAAUGAAAAAAAUGUCAAUGACGGGUCAACGUCAUCUGAGGUCUAUAAAAACGGGUAUUCAGUGCUGCUACUAAAAUACUUCGUUUUAGAACAACUAAUAAGAGGAACCUGGGCAAACGAUCGAAGAAGGAUGCCUUUGCGCCUGGACUUAAUUUUUUGUUUUCUAUUUUUGUUUCCAGAGCAACGGUUUCAUCAGCGUUGUAUCGAGUGUUGCUAUAGUGAUGACAUUGUGUUGCAUCAGCUUGGACCGAUAUAUCGCAGUCACCAGACCCACACGUUACAAGACCAUUGUCACGGUCAAACGGGCCUGCUACUCCUUGAUUGUGGUCUGGGGACAAGGGUUGCUUUACGCCUCUUUACCGCUCUUUGGAUGGUCCAGAUACCAGUAUGACGAAGGAACUUUGCAUUGCUCUCCUGUUUGGACUGCGAAUUGUUCCCUGUAUAUUUUCUUAGCUAUUGUUGGAUUUGGGAUUCCUAUAAUACUCAUGAUCUUCACGUACAUUCGCAUAUUUUUUGUCAUUCGCAGACACACUCGAAAAGUUUCAACG